UAAGAGUGCGCUCCUCAUUCCCUCAUCUCUUCCCCCGCCAGUGUGCUUCAAGGAGAAAGACACAGAACAGGAAGAAGAGAGAGAGAGAGAGAGAGAAAAAAAAAAAAAAAGGAAUUCCAAUAAAAAAAAUUGGAAUAGGAGUUCUCACUAGCCAUAGAGCAGCUGUGUGGGUGUGUGCUAGCUUUCAAGGUUCUCACACAACCAACAUGGCUCGGCUUGGGGUUAACCAGCGAGCUGUAGCGGCGGUAGCAGCAACAUCAGCAUUGGUGGUGUGCUUGGGGCUUGUCAUGAUGAGUGGUGUAGGCAAUGCAGAGAGACUUUUGAAGGCAGAUGAUCGGCCAGCUGAACAUUUGGUUAACAAAAAUAAGGAACCAGGAUUUCUAUCCAAAGUGGUUCACUUUCUCUGGCAGAGUGGGAAGUCUUCAUAUCAGCAUGUUUGGCCGGAUAUGAAGUUUGGGUGGAAACUGGUGGUAGCUUCAAUAAUUGGAUUCUUUGGUGCAGCAUUGGGGAGUGUAGGAGGAGUAGGAGGCGGUGGGAUUUUUGUUCCAAUGCUCACCUUGAUCGUCGGCUUCGACCCCAAGUCCUCAACUGCCAUUUCUAAAUGUAUGAUAAUGGGGGCUGCAGGAUCAACAGUAUACUACAAUAUGAGGCUUAGACAUCCAACACUAGACAUGCCCAUCAUCGAUUAUGACCUGGCCUUGCUCUUCCAGCCCAUGCUCAUGCUAGGCAUCAGCAUUGGUGUUGCCUUCAAUGUCAUCUUUGCUGAUUGGAUGGUCACUGUUCUCCUUAUCAUCCUCUUCUUAGGUACAUCAACUAAGGCUUUAUUCAAAGGCAUAGAAACAUGGAAGAAGGAGACAAUCAUGAAGAAGGAAGCAGCUAGGCUGUUGGAAGCAGAGACCAAGCCAACUGAUAAUGCUGGAGGAGGGGAUUACAGACCACUACCCAGUGGUCCGGCUACAAUCCGAGAUGAUCACGUUCCCGUCAUAUACAACAUUUGCUGGAAAGAGUUGGCACUGCUAGUGUACGUGUGGGUGGCUUUCCUUGCUGUUCAGAUUGUCAAGACAUACACGGUGACGUGCUCAAUAGAGUAUUGGGUUCUGAAUUGCUUACAGGUACCCAUUGCGGCUUCAGUUUCGAUAUAUGAAGCCGUAUGCUUGUACAAAGGAACCAGGGUGAUUGCAUCAAAGGGAAAGGAAGUCACAAACUGGAAGAUACAUCAGAUUUUUCUUUACUGUUCAUGUGGGAUAGUAGCAGGCUUAGUGGGUGGAUUGCUUGGGCUUGGAGGCGGCUUCAUCUUGGGACCCCUUUUUCUUGAAUUGGGAAUUCCACCCCAGGUUGCGAGUGCAACAUCAACCUUUUCAAUGGCAUUCUCCUCCUCCAUGUCAGUUGUACAAUACCACCUUCUAAGGCGCUUCCCAGUCCCAUAUGCUUCUUAUUUUGUCCUAGUUGCUACAAUAGCCGCCCUUGUUGGUCAGCACGUGGUCAGAAAAGUAAUAAAACUUGUAGGCAGGGCUUCAAUAAUCAUCUUCAUUUUGGCUCUCACAAUCUUUAUCAGUGCUAUCAGUUUAGGCGGAGUGGGCAUAAUGACUAUGGUUGAGAAGCUGGCGAACAAUGAGUACAUGGGGUUCGAUGAUCUCUGCUAUCAGUCUUAGAUUUUCAUGGAAUUUUUCAGCAGAUAAAAUACAAAUACCUGCGCUACAUUUCCUCUUGUCUCCCUUCUGUUCCAUUUAUUUUUUUUCCUCUCAUUUUCAUGAAAAUUAUGCCUUGAUUACGUUAAAUUGAUGCCAAUUUCACUCUACUAAUUGUAUCUACGAAGGCCCUAGACCCAUCAUGUUUUUGCCUUUUCAUUCAAUGUUCAUUCUACAUAGAAUUUUAGCCUAUGAAUUGUGUAAGAAAUGAGUAUGUGCAAUAAUAAGAUGAGAUGUGAAUGCUGUA